UUAAAGCACUGACAUCAAGUUCAAAAAAUCGAUAAAAAUUGCUUGACGAGUUAAAAAGCAGAGGGAUUCAAUCUAACUUUAAAAAAGAAAUGUCAAAAGCACCAGCGAUCGGAAUCGAUCUUGGAACAACAUAUUCUUGUGUUGGAGUUUUUCAACAUGGGAAAGUUGAAAUAAUUGCAAACGAGCAAGGGAAUCGUACAACUCCAAGUUAUGUCGCUUUUACCGACACUGAAAGAUUAAUUGGAGAUGCGGCAAAGAACCAAGUUGCCAUGAACCCUUCCAACACAGUGUUUGAUGCAAAACGAUUGAUUGGAAGGAAGUUCAACGAUCCAUCGGUUACUUCAGAUAGAAAGCAUUGGCCUUUCAAUGUUAUAGAUGAAGGUUCAAGACCAAAGAUUCAAGUUGAAUUCAAAGGAGAAACAAAAUCUUUUUACCCGGAGGAGAUAUCGUCUAUGGUUUUGCUAAAGAUGAAAGAAAUUGCAGAUGCUUACCUCGGUAAGAAAGUCACAGAUGUCGUAAUUACCGUACCAGCUUACUUUAACGAUUCGCAACGCCAAGCAACAAAAGACGCGGGAGUUAUUGCCGGAUUAAAUGUUCUACGCAUUAUUAACGAACCUACUGCAGCUGCUAUUGCUUACGGUCUCGAUAAAAAAGUGGGAAAAGAGAAAAACGUGCUUAUUUUCGAUUUGGGUGGUGGCACUUUCGAUGUUUCUAUACUCGCCAUAGAAGAUGGUAUAUUUGAAGUAAAAUCGACUGCAGGUGAUACUCACCUUGGUGGCGAAGAUUUUGACAAUCGUCUUGUUAACCAUUUUGUUGAGGAGUUUAAGCGAAAGCAUAAAAAAGACAUUUCUGGCAAUAAGAGAGCUAUUCGACGUCUUAGAACAGCGUGCGAAAGAGCGAAGAGGACUCUUUCAGCAAGUACCCAAGCAAGCGUUGAAAUUGAUUCGCUGUUUGAUGGCAUUGAUUUUUACACGUCGAUUACUCGAGCACGCUUUGAAGAGUUAUGCAUUGAUUUGUUUAGAUGUACUCUUGGCCCUGUUGCUGAUGCCAUUAGAGAUGCUGGAAAAAACAGCAGCGGUCAAAGCUUUUCCAAGUCUGAUAUCCAUGAGGUUGUUUUGGUUGGCGGUUCUACUCGCAUUCCAAAAGUGCAAAGUCUUCUCCAGGAGUUUUUUAACGGGAAAGAACUCAACAAAUCGAUUAAUCCAGACGAAGCUGUAGCCUACGGUGCAGCCGUUCAAGCAGCCAUUUUGGCGGGCGAUAAACAUGAAGCUGUUCAGGAUCUUUUACUUCUUGAUGUUGCCCCGCUAUCACUUGGAAUUGAAACCGCCGGAGGGGUGUUUACGCCGUUAAUUAAGAGAAAUACUACUGUUCCAACAAAGUAUUCGCAAGUGUUUUCUACGUACGCUGAUAAUCAACCCGGUGUACUGAUUCAGGUUUUUGAGGGCGAAAGAAGCAUGACAGCUCAUAAUAACUUACUUGGCAAGUUUGAACUUUCUGGAAUUCCGCCUGCUCCUAGGGGAGUCCCUCAAAUUGAGGUAACUUUUGACGUCGAUGCCAAUGGUAUUUUAAAUGUUUCCGCGAUGGACAAGAGCACCGGUAAAGAAAAUAAAAUCACAAUCACAAACGAUAAAGGUCGUCUUUCUAAAGAGGACAUUGAAAGAAUGGUUCAAGAAGCUGAAAAGUACAAAGCCGAUGAUGAUCUUCAGCGAGACAGAGUUCAAGCAAAAAACUCUUUGGAAAGCUACUGCUAUAACAUGAAGCAAACUGUUGAAGACGAAAAAGUUAAAGGCAAAAUUAGCGAGGAAGAUAAGAAAGCAAUUCUUAAAGGUUGUAACGAAACAGUAGAGUGGCUAGAUAGAAAUCAAACUGCCGAGAAAGAAGAAUUUGAACACAAACAAAAAGAGCUUGAGAAGAUAUGCAAUCCUAUCAUCACAAAACUCUAUCAAGCUGGAGGUGUUCCUGGAGGCAUGAACGGCUCCAUGCCUGGUGGUAUGUCGGGUGGCUCGCACAAACCUAGUUCUGGAGGACCAACUAUUGAAGAAGUGGACUAAAGUUUAGCUUUACUAAACCAUAUUAAAAUUAUUUUAGUUUGUAGAAUACUUGUAUAUUUGUAUAUAUCUAGAACCUAUGUAUAUUGUAUAAAGUUAAUAAAAAUGACAAUUUCUUAGA